AUGGCAGCAGUGCAAUUAAUUCAAGAUUUUGAUAAUGUAAUUGUCAAACAUGUUUCAAGGAGUAUGAACACCGAAGCCAACCGCUUGGCUCAGGCCUCAACAGGUCUGAAGCUAGCUCUAGAAACAAUCCACAAGAUCAUCACAGUCCAAAAAAGGUUGUUACCUUCUGUUAGAAGGAGAGGUCUAGUACUGGAGGUAUUUACUUCUGAUUUCACAGGUGAAGAAUCAGAUGAUGAACUAGAAAAGGAUUGGCGGCAUCUUGAGGCCAUGAGGGUCAUGAGUGAAGUCCAUGAAAGAAUCUGUGGCGCCCAUCAAUCUGGAAUUAAGAUGAGAUGGCUAAUCAGAAGGUAUGGCUACUAUUGGCCAACCAUUUUAGAGGAUUGUAUUCAUUUUUCUAAAGGAUGUCAACCUUGCCAAGCCCAUGGCCCAAUUCAGCGUGUUCCUGCAGCUGAUUAUCAUGCUGUGGUCAAACCUUGGCCAUUUAGAGGUUGGGCCUUUGACGUAAUUGGAAAAAUUUAUCCGCCCUCUUCAGGAAAUCAUACUUACAUCUUGGUAGCCACGGAUUACUUCACCAAGUGGGCAGAAGCCGUACCAUUAAAGUCUGUGGAUCAACAAAAGCAAAAUAUUAUUAUCUCCAAUUCUACUCCUUAUUACGCACAAGGAAAUGGCCAAGCUGAAUCCACCAACAGGACUCUUGUCAACAUUAUCGAGAAAAUGGUGGAAGAUAAUCCAAGGGCCUGGCAUGAAUUGCUUUCUGAGGCCUUAUGGACCUACAGAACCUCAAAGAAGGAAGCCACCAAUAUAACUCCUUAUAUGUUGGUAUAUGGGCAUGAUCUAGUCCUACCAAUGGAAGUGGCAGUAAAGUCAACAAGAAUAGCAUAUCAAAAUGGCCUCACUCCUGCAGAUUAUACUCAGGCUAUGCUGAUGAAGCUUGAAGACUUGGACGAAGUUAGGCUUGCAGCCCUUGAUCACAUGUUGGUUCAGAAAAGAAGAGUCGCUAGAUCUUAUGACAAACGUGUAAGGAAAAAGAGCUUUACUAAGGGUGACUUGGUUUGGAAGGCAGUCUUCCCCUUAGGAGAAAAGAAUCCAAGAUAUGGCAAGUGGUCUCCAACCUGGGAAGGACCGUACCAGAUUGCUCAAGUCCUUAGAGGUAAUGUUUAUCUUCUUAUGGACCUAAAUGGUGGUUUAUUUAAGCAUUUAACAAAUGGAAAGUACCUAAAGCAUCACUAUCCUUCUAUGUGGGAGAUGAGAGACUGUGGAGAAAUUCAAACUACCAAACCAUAA